GCAGCUGCCGCCGCCGCCGCCGCCGCCGCCGCCAGCGCCGCCGCCACCGCCGCCGCCGUGUUCGGGUGUAGAAUUUGGAAUCCCUGCGUGUCGUUAACAAUGAAGCAGAGUUCGAACGUGCCGGCUUUCCUCAGCAAGCUGUGGACGCUUGUGGAGGAAACCCACACUAACGAGUUCAUCACCUGGAGUCAGAAUGGCCAGAGUUUUCUGGUUUUGGAUGAACAAAGAUUUGCAAAAGAAAUUCUUCCCAAAUAUUUCAAGCACAAUAAUAUGGCAAGCUUUGUGAGGCAACUGAAUAUGUAUGGUUUCCGUAAGGUUGUGCAUAUUGACUCCGGAAUUGUAAAGCAGGAACGAGAUGGUCCUGUUGAAUUUCAGCAUCCUUACUUCAAACAAGGCCAGGAUGACUUGUUGGAGAACAUUAAAAGGAAGGUUUCAUCUUCAAAACCAGAAGAAAAUAAGAUUCGUCAGGAAGAUUUAACAAAAAUUAUAAGCAGUGCUCAGAAGGUUCAAAUAAAACAAGAAACUAUUGAGUCCAGGCUUUCUGAAUUAAAAAGUGAGAAUGAGUCUCUAUGGAAGGAGGUGUCAGAAUUACGAGCAAAACACGCACAACAGCAACAAGUUAUUCGAAAGAUUGUCCAGUUUAUUGUUACAUUGGUUCAGAAUAACCAACUUGUGAGUUUAAAACGUAAAAGGCCUCUACUUCUAAACACUAAUGGAGCCCAAAAGAAGAAUCUGUUUCAGCAUAUAGUCAAAGAACCAGCUGAUAAUCACCAUCAUAAAGUUCCACACAGUAGGACUGAAGGUUUAAAGGCAAGGGAGCGGAUUUCAGAUGACAUCAUUAUUUAUGAUGUAACUGAUGAUAACGCAGAUGAAGAAAAUAUCCCAGUUAUUCCAGAAACUAAUGAGGAUGUUAUAUCUGAUCCCUCCAACUGUAGCCAGUACCCUGAUAUUGUCAUUGUUGAAGAUGACAAUGAAGAUGAGUAUGCACCGGUCAUUCAGAGUGGAGAUCAGAAUGAACCAGCCAGAGAAUCCCUAAGUUCAGGCAGUGAUGGCACCAGUCCUCUUAUGUCUAGUGCUGUCCAGCUAAAUGGCUCAUCUAGUCUGACCACAGAAGAUCCUGUGACCAUGAUGGAUUCCAUUUUAAAUGAUAACAUCAAUCUUCUGGGAAAGGUUGAGCUGUUGGAUUAUCUUGACAGUAUUGAUUGCAGCUUAGAGGACUUCCAAGCCAUGCUGUCAGGAAGACAGUUUAGCAUAGACCCAGAUCUCCUGGUUGAUCUUUUCACUAGUUCUGUGCAGAUGAAUCCCACAGAUUACAUCAAUAAUACAAAAUCUGAGAAUAAAGGAUUAGAAACUACCAAGAACAAUGUAGUUCAGCCAGUUUCAGAAGAGGGAAGAAAAUCUAAACCCAAAACAGAUAAGCAGCUUAUCCAGUACACUGCCUUUCCACUUCUUGCAUUCCUCGAUGGGAACCCUGCUUCUACUGUUGAACAGGGGAGUACAGCAUCAUCAGAAGUUAUGUCCUCUGUAGAUAAACCCAUAGAAGUUGAUGAGCUUCUGGAUAGCAGCCUAGAUCCAGAGCCAACCCAGAGUAAGCUUGUUCGCCUGGAGCCAUUGACUGAAGCCGAAGCUAGUGAAGCCACACUGUUUUAUUUAUGUGAACUUGCUCCUGCACCUCUGGAUAGUGAUAUGCCACUUUUAGAUAGCUAAAUCCCCAAGAAGUGGACUCUACAUGUAUAUAUUCAUCAAAAUGAUGAACUAUUUAUUUUAAAGUAUCAUUUGGUACUUUUUUUUGUAAAUUGCUUUGUUUUGUUUAAUCAGAUACUGUGGAAUCAAAAGCACCUUUUGCUUUUCUCACUUACACACUCUUGCAAAGCUUUCAGAUGUUACUCGGCUACGUAGGUACACAGAAUUUAAUGCACAUUGUUGGCAUUAUCUUUAAGUUGGCUUCAAAUGGCCAUUUUUCUCCAGUUGUAGUAACUUGGAUUUCUUUUUUACAUAUAUGCCCAUUAACCCCAGUUAAACUUUUGUUUGUUUUACUUGUUUGAUGCUGUCUGUUUGCAUUGAGUGUAAGUCACUAGAACUAAUGGUAAAACUCUUAAACCUUUGUCUGUUCCAGUUACUUUUAUCAAAUAUUUUUCACUUGGCUUAUUUUUAAAACUGGGAACAUAAAGUGCCUGUAUCUUGUAAAACUUCAUUUGUCUCUCUUGUUCAGAGAAGUUCAUUCAUGUUCAAAGGAAAGGCAAAGUAUACAUGAGUGCUUGCUGUCAGAUAGGGCUCCAGCUCCAUACACAUAAAAAGAAGGGGGAUGGGAUGGCGUCAGCCCCAUCCAUCUCGUUGGACUAGUUUUAAGUAAAAGUUUUCUGAUUUGUUUGUGUUUUUUUUUUGAACCAUACUAUUUAGUAAAAUAAAUAUAAUGAAUGU